AUGGACUCCAAGCCACGUGGGACUCCGCGAAACCAGCAGCAGCGGGAGACUCAGCCGAAGCAUCAGCAAACGCAAGACGUCCUGUACCUCCCACCACCCGCGUUCCCCAUUCAGCCGCCGCAACAGCAUCAGCACCAACGAAUGCUGCAGCAGCAGCAGCAGCAGCAGCAGCAGCAGCAGCAGCAGCAGCAGCAGCAGCAGCAGCAGCAGCAGCAGCAGCAGCAGCAGCAGCAGCAGCAGCAGCAGCAGCAGCAGCACCAGCAGCAGCAUCAGCAGCUGCAGCAGCAGCAGCAACAGCAACAGAAACAGCAGCAGCAGCAGCAGCAGCAGCAUUUCAAGUUCGAACAGUUAGCGUCAGACGAGGUUUCUCCAACGACCAUGUCGGACCGUCGCAGCUCGCACUUUUCUCCCAUUCCCCUGACUUUCGCGGGCGGUCAUGUGUACGCUGAAGGGUUCUACGCCAACUCUCCGCCAGUCGCUUUCUCGUCCAUGUUCGGUAGCGAGGGGGCGCUUGACAACUUAGAUGGUAACAAUGCUGCAACGGGUACGUCGAGAUUCGCCAAGGAGUGCGAGGUUGGCGAGAGCGGGAACGCGGCUUCUGUAAUUAUCGUCGAAGAAGCUGGUAACGGGGAAGAGAUGGAUCGUGACAAUAACGAGGGUCGGAUGGAGGUGGGGGGUCUGGAGAACAUUUGGACCGACGAAUCAGAUAAAAUCGAGAACGUGGAGGGGAGGCUGGAAGGCAGAUCGGAAGGGAGAUCGGAGGAGAGGGGGAUGCCGAGGGGGCGCCAAGCGAACGGCGGGAGGGAAAAGGACAUGGGGGAUGCGUACGGGCCGACAGCAGCGGCCGGAACGGGCUGUGAUUGGCCGACGUGGCCUGAGUACACUCCGGACGAAGCCAUUGGAGCUGACUGGGCGGAGCUGCUGAAGGUCGAUGACGAGCCGCAGCAGCAGCAGCAGCAGCAGCAGCAGCACCACCACCAGCACCAUCAUCACCACCAUCACCAGCAGCAGCAGCAGCAGCAGCAGUACCAGCCGCACCAGGCACAACACGCAAGCACACCCAACCCCAGCUUCCCACCCCCAUCUCACCUCCCCGCCUCACCGCUGUCCAGGCCGCCAUACCCGCCCUUCCACAACCCCUACUCCUCCCCAGACCUCCCGUUCUCCCUGGUUGCGGUGCCAGGCAUGUACGCACAGAUCCACCCAGGGGGAAGGGACCCUCUGCCGCUGCCGCCGCUGCCCCUGUCGCUGGGGGGGAUGCCUUGCGCCCUCCGCGUGGCUGCGCCCGCAUCCUCUGCUUCCACUGCUGGGAACAGCGGUGGUGGCCAGGGUGGGGCCGGGGGUGGUGGUGGUGGAAUGGAUGGGGUAAGCAUGUGCCGGAUGGACUCUAUAGGGGGGAUGAAUCUGCUUGCCCCGGGGACGGACGCUGCUGCCGCCGCUGCGUCUGCUGCCGCGUCUGCUGCUGCCGCCACCGCUGCUGCAGCUGCUGCUUCGGGCGGAGGGGUGGCGCCCGCGGGGUCACUGGGAGGGCGCGGAGGGGAAGGGGGAGCGACGAGCAGCGUGGGCGGGGGAGGGGGGUUCAGCAUGGGGGGAGGAGGCGGGGGAGGCGGCGGGUUCAGCAGCGAUGGGGGGAGUUCCGGCAAGCACCGGCUGCGGUGGACGCCAGAGCUGCAUGAGAAAUUCGUCGAGGCCGUCGCAAACCUCGGAGGGGCUGACAAGGCGACGCCUAAGGGUGUGCUGCGAGUGAUGGGCGUGCAAGGCCUCACCAUCUACCACGUCAAGAGCCACCUGCAGGCCGCUUUAACAUUUCGUGCUUCUCCCCCUUCCCCCCUGCCCCCCUGCCCCCCUGCCCCCAUGCCCCCCUCCCCCCUCCCCCUUUCCCCCCCUCCCCCCUACCCCUGUUUUCCCCUCCCCCCCUGCAUAUGUUGUCCCUCUCUGCAGAAGUAUCGACUCGCCAAGUACCUUCCAGAUCCUUUGCCUUCCACACCCCGAGAAAAGGAGCCAAGACCGGAGAGGGAAGAGAAAGCCCCCAAGCGCAUUGCCUCUGGAGUGUUUGCACCUGCGCCCGUCACACUAGCUCCGCCCCCCUUCCCUCCUGCUGCUGCUGCCGCCGCCGCCGCUACCGCGGCCGCCGCUGCAGCUACUGCUGCUACUGGUGCUGCUCCUGCUACUUCUGGUGCUGCUGCUGUGGCCGCCACUACCGCUGCAGCUGCGGCUGCGGCUGCGGCUGCUGGCUCUCUGGGCUUCCAGCAUGAUGCUACAGACGGCGAGCCUUCGUCGCUCGACCCUGCUGUCACCCUGAACGCCGAGGGACACGCAGAAGCGCCUUCCCAUGCAGAAGCGCCUUCCCAUGCAGAAGCGCCUUCCCAUGCAGCUGCAGCUGCAGGAGCAAGGUCUGAUCCACUCCUUGUGUGCUUACUUGCGUUCUCUCCCUCCCUCCCCGCUUGCAGCAUUCGCAACAUCCCGAUCACAGAGGCUCUCAGGAUGCAGAUGGAGGUGCAGAGGCGGUUGCACGAGCAGCUGGAGGUGCAGCGGCAGCUGCAGCUGAGGAUUGAGGCGCAGGGUAAAUACCUCCAGAAAAUCAUAGAGGAGCAGGCGAAGGCGAGUGGCAUGGUGGUUGCCAGUAGAUCCUCCACUGCCGGUGGGGCAGUCACGUCUGCUGACCCCGCUGGGGCUCUCAACGCGGGAGCGGGGGGAGGAGCGGGGCAAGGAGGGGAGGGUGGGGAAGGAAUGGUGACAGGCCGGGAAACUGACGCAGGUCCGUCUGCCGAUGCUGGUGCUGCUGGUGCUUCUGCUGUCGGUGCUGCUGCUGCUGGCCAUGUUGGUGGGUUGGCAGGGCACAGUGGAGAGAUCUCCCUAGGGAUGGACCCGCCUGGAGCUGCACCUGAGAUUUCUCCUGCUGCUGCUGGUGUAACUGGUCCCUCUUCUGUUGCACCUGAUGUUUCUGCCGCCCAGUUUGCCUCCCAGAGUAUGUCUGGGGCAGCUGCACCUGGGAUUGCGCCGGCACCUGAGAAUCCACCUGGGAAAACACCUGCUUUAGGUGGGCCGUGUGGGUCGUCGGGGCAGGAGAGGGGGAGGAGGAAGAGGCAGAGGACGAGGGAGGUGAUUGUAGACGUGUGUGGGGACUUGGAGGAUGUGUGUGGGGAGGUGGAGGAGGAAGAGGAGUGUGGGGAGACAGAGGAGGUGGAUGAGAGGGGAGGUGAUGCUGGUGAUGGUGAUGGUGAUGGUGAUGGUGAUGGUGGUGCUGGUGGUGGUGGUGAUAGUGAUAGUGAUGCCCAUUCCCCAGUGCCACCACCUGCUGCUUCUGCUCUUGCACCUGUGGCAGGUCAUGCUAGCGUCCCAUUACAGUCACACCCGCAUACAGGCACUCAUUCAGUCCCGCCUCCCCCUUCCCAUCUGGCCCAUCAUCCCCCACCAAACCAUACCCACUACCAUGCCAUUCCACACCCCUCCUCCUCCCACCCCCAGCACCACGCCAUGCCACCUCCCCCUCACUUCAUGUAUUCCAUGCCAGCUGGCAUGCAUGGGUAUCCGCCACCGCCCAUGCCGCCUGGCAUGGCAGCACACUAUGCCAUGCCUGGCGCCAUAGGGCAUCACAUGCCGCAGCAGCAUGCCAACAUGCCCCAACAUCCUAACACGCCGCAACAGGCCAGCAUGUAUUUGAACGUUCACCCAAGCAUGCAUCCCAGCCAUCCAAACCAUCCGGGCCAUCCCAGCCAUCCAAACCACCAGCACUCAGGUCACACGGGUGGGCAUGGUGGGCAUGGCUCCCCUUACAUGUAUGCGGGAAUGCACCCUGCCACCACUGGCACUGCUGUGUCAUCCGCGCCAUCAGGCCACCCUUACCCCUUGGCUUUCAGCCCUCUUACUGUGAUGCAGCCGCAGCAGCAGCAGCAGCAGGAGUGUGAUCAGCAGCAGCAGCAGCAGCAGCAGGGAGGUGGUUUCAGCCAAGGUGGGAUGCUUGCAGGGAGGACGCAGUAUCACCAGCAGCAGCAGCAGCAGCAGCAGCAGCAGCAGCAGCAGCAGCAGCAGCAGCAGCAGCAGCAGCAGCAGCAGCAGCAGCAGCAGCAGCAGCAGCAGCAGCAGCAGCAGCAGCAGCAGCAGCAGCAGCAGCAGCAGCAGCAGCAGCAGCAGCAGCAGCAGCAGCAGCAGCAGCAGCAGCAGCAGCAGCAGCAGCAGCAGCAGCAGCAGCAGCAGCAGCAGCAGCAGCAGCAGCAGCAGCAGCAGCAGCAGCAGCAGCAGCAGCAGCAGCAGCAGCAGCAGCAGCAGCAGCAGCAGCAGCAGCAGCAGCAGCAGCAGCAGCAGCAGCAGCAGCAGCAGCAGCAGCAGCAGCAGCAGCAGCAGCAGCAGCAGCAGCAGCAGCAGCAGCAGCAGCAGCAGCAGCAGCAGCAGCAGCAGCAGCAGCAGCAGCAGCAGCAGCAGCAGCAGCAGCAGCAGCAGCAGCAGCAGCAGCAACAGCAGCAGUAA